AUGGAUAAAAAGAUAGUGCGCAAAGGGCCGCUGCCUGGGGGUCGCCGGGGCGCGUCUGGAGCUGGCGCUGGACGCGGCAGCAUGCGGGCCGCCAGCCGAGCGCGAGGAGCUGCACGGUCAUCUACCAGCCCUCCGCAUCCAUCAUCCCCACCAGAAGGCUUGGUGUCGGCUGGGUCUUCUCGGACUCAGCAAGCGGCACCCGCCGCUGGUGGAGCACGCCGCAUGCGUUGGUCACAAGAAAUGAAUGCAAACGCACUGCGGGCGUACUUUAGGGCAAAAGGGGAAGAAACUGGAUGUUUGGCGUAUCGGGCUAGGAUGCAUCGUCUUUUUGCUGAGCUGGAGCCAUCUUUAAUCGUCACAGAGCAAAACCUGGCAGACCGAGUUCGGUAUAUCUUGCGCUCAAAUAUAUUUGAUGUCGCCGAACUCGAACGGCUACGACGUGAGGCUGUUCCCUCGUCGGAUGAGAAUGCUACGGCUGAGGAUACGGCGCCACAAAUGGUAGAGCAACCCGCAAACGUGGAUGCCGCCGUGAAUACCCCAGUUGUGGUUGACUCAAACGAUGAUGGAACAGUCGCCCAGGAACUGGAAUUAGAGCAUAUGAGGAGUACAUUGGAAGAGGCGAUUGUGGAAACGCGCAGUACGCCUCUCGAAAAUCGACCGCGACUUCCCCGCAUAGCCCUAAGCAAGCGGAAUCGGGCUGUCGUGAGGGCUCUGAACCCAAUGCUGGUUACCUAUUUGGAAGCCAGCCGGGACCUUUGCGAGACGGACUCAAUUCUUUUUGGCGCCGCGCUGGCAGUCUGCCGUAUCAUAGGCGCCAAGGUUUCCACGGCUGGACGCGCUACUGGCCAUAGUAGCGCUAUCCCAGCAUGGAGAAGAAGAAUUGAGGAACGUAUCGCAAAGGCUAGAGCUCUCAUCGGCAGACUGAUAUGCUUCAGAUCAGGCAACAACAGGCCAAGAAUUGUGCGCACCGUCAGGAUGGCGUUUGCUGGGACAAAUGUCAGUUUGUCCCAGCCGGAUAUAACGCAAAAACUGACGGAGCGCAUAGAUGAUCUGAAGCAGAGAAUCGCUGCUUGGGGAAAGCGGAUUCGGCGAUAUACCGAGAGGUCGACACGGUUCAACCAGAAUCGUCUCUUCCAGAGUGAUCAGAAGAGGCUCUAUGAAUCAUUGGAGCGACCAAUGGUAAGUAGAACGGGUCCAGCACCGAAUCAGGCCGACACUGUAGCAUUCUGGCGCGGCCUGUGGUCAGAGCCCGUAAACCACAGCGAGGGCCCUUGGACGGAAGUUGUGGCGAGUCAGUGUGCGGGUAUUACGCCCAUGGACCCCGUCAUCAUAACGCCGGAUGACGUAGCUGAGGCGGUUCGUAGGGCCCCGAACUGGAAAAGUCCGGGGCUUGACGGGCUGCAUCACUACUGGCUGAAGGGGUUCAUGGUGUGUCACUCUGUGCUCGCCCGACAGUUUCAAGAGGCUCUCAACCAGAAGUCGCUCCCAAGCCUCUUCACUACUGGGAUCACUCAUUUAGUUCCUAAAGACCAGGGGAUCGUUAUCACAUCACAGCACCUCACAAGUCAUUCAUCAUUCAUAUUAGAUAUUCUUGGUCAGUAUUUAAAAGUUUCAUCACCCGAAGUUCAAUAG